GACGGGUGUUUGGACCACUCGGCACUUGCCUAAGGCCGAGUUGUGAAUUUGAUAGUCCAUCGUCAUUCUCUGGGAUGGAUUAAAAAAUUGAAGUUCUAGAUAUCAAAGUUUAUUAGCAUUCAACGACGAAAACCACUCCCUUGGAACCGCCACUUCCCACACAGAAAUCUACACAUACACAUACACAUACACACACACGCAAUCAUGGAUUCUCUCAACAAUGCAUUCGCCUCCUCGGACCCCAAAGCUGCCGUGAUGAAUCAAGUCCGUCAGGAAGCUGCUAUGACCAAUGCUAGACAAUUGAUCGAGAAAGUAAACGAGCACUGCUUCGAGAAAUGCGUCCCCAAGCCCGGUACCUCUCUCAGCAGCGGCGAAACCACCUGCUUCACCCAAUGCAUGGAAAAAUACAUGCAAGCGUGGAACACAGUGAGCAAACAAUAUAUUGCGAGAUUGCAACGAGAGUCGACUAGUGGAGGGGCGACGGGGGGUAUGUUCUAGGUUUUAGUUGGAGCUGGGAUCUUAGGGGAGGGGUAGAGGUAGGAUGAGAGAUGAGGGAUGAUCGGGAAGAGAAAGAGGUAUUCAUGGGAGGGAGCAAUAUUAUUGACCGGGAGGGGUUAUGUGAUGAUGAAAUGAUGAGGUGCUGGAGCAUGCUGGAGCGAGAUACCACACCAAUGAGUCGUAAUUUGGUAUGGGUCGCUACGAUGAUGGAGUGUAUUAUACUCUUGUACACUAUGAAUGGGUCACCACCUCUUUGAAAAUGGAGGGCAUAAAUUGCAAGGAAUUGGAAAUAACACCACUAUGGAUGAAAUGGAGAUAUUUAUCGCUAUGGGAUAUGAUUUGAUCUGA